AUGCCAAAAGGAAAAGAGGAAGUAAUGGAUUGGUUUUAUCAAUUCGUGAAGAGCUUAGGAGAGCAGGGAAUCGCUAUACAAAGUCUUUCUGAGAAGUUUGAUGAAAAUUUCAAGGAAGAAAUUGUUGCCAAUGAGCAAAUCAAAGAUGAGGUCUGGCAAGAUUUUAUCAAGCGGGAUGACGUUAGGAUAGAGGGUUCUGAGGAAGAGGUUGGUGUAAUGAAGAGUUUGGAGUUGAGUGAUACAGUCGCUCUAGGCUAUGGUGUCAGAAAAGUUGUGGUCCGAGGAGAGCCAAUUGAUGUUGAAAUGAUUGAUACCACCUUGGAGGAACUCGGCGAGAAGGAUUUGGAAAAGAGGAUAGCGAGUAGCAACGAAAGGCCUACUACCUCAAUAGCUCUAAUCGACCCUUCCGGACCAGUCAUUCUAGAUAGAACAACACCGAUACAGCGAGCACGAGAGCCAAUCGAGCAACUUACCAUUGUCAGUAAUGAUUCAUCAACAAAAGCAGUUCCUGGCUCAGUCAUUCCGGAUGUGACAACUCCGAUGCAACAAUCACCAGAACCACAAGAACAAUUGGAUUCAAUCCCGAACGGAUCUUUUACAAAGGCAGCACCUUCCUCUGAGCCGAUGUCUGGUAAUAAGAAGUCUUACAAGAUUGCAGAUGAUCCACGAGGUACGCAAGGUUCGCAAAGAAGAUUGCAAAGCCUUUUGAAUGCAGCACGCGCCGAGGCUGACGGGUUUCACACUCCCCAAAUUGCCCAUCUUACAAAUAAUAAUGAACCAAAGGUUGUCGAAAGUAAUGGGCAUCCUCCGGCCAAAAGUACCCCUACGCCAACACCUGAGAUUGAUAAUUCGCCAGAGACCAAUGCAGAUACUAUCGUCGUAGCCUCUAAUAUUGUACGUCCAGAUUCGUCAGAACAAGCCUCAAAUACUACCGCCACAACCAGCGAUAAGCAACGCGAUGCAGUACACAUAAGUAUCCCAAAACAUCCAAUAAAAAUACAUUCGUCAAGAAAUGGUCAAUCUGCACCUAUAGUUGGAUAUCAAUACCAUUCUCCACAAUCAAGCAACGCCCCUAGUAAAGGUGUCCAACAGACAUCUCCAAUUGAGGAUGCUGCAGAUGACAUUGAUUAUUUUGCGCGGGAAGCAACUCGUCACGGACCUGUACCGGGACAACGGAAGCGUGGCCGUCCGAAAGGUACAGCUCGUCAAGCCACCCCUAGCGGUUCAGCAAUAGAAAUGGGUUCUCCGAAGGAUCCUGCAUCUAUGAGCUUCUCGUCACUCGCCGAGCUGGAAUCAUUCUCAACUCCAAAGCUUGCGCCCAAAAAACGUGGUCGUCCUAAAGGAUCUACAGUCAAACGCCAAGAAAUUUCUAGUGAGUCGCGGCCAGAGAUAAACUCUGAGGAUACAGCCGAUACGGGACUUCAAAUCUCAGAAUCGGGACUCCGUACAUCUCGUAGACAACCAAAACCCAGAAAAUUCUUUACUCCCACUCAAACAGCAUCACCAGAGCCUGAGCCUGCGGUUGUCGAAAAAUCCGGAAAAUCUGAGGCUUCCCCUACACCGUCAAAAUCUAAGCCCCACAGAAGGCACCGUGAACCAAUUUUCACCUCGUAUGAGGAUCUGUUAAGGGAAGAAGAUGAUAAGAAGCGCAAAGCUGGAAUCGAUGGCGUCUAUAUAAACCCUCUUGAUUCUAAGGAAGGAAGAUCGCUGGCUCGAAAAAAAACAUUUGUUGUAUUGAUAAAGUCCGCAAAACUUCGUGACCCUAAUUUGUUGGAAAAUAGAAAGGGAACAUGGAUUGAGGUACUUACUGAGAGAAGAAAAGCUUUGCAAUCUAUAGCUGAGUCAGAAGCUGCAAAGAAUGUCGCUGCCACUGAAGAGGAAAAGCGUAAGAAAAGAAAGAGAGAUGAACAAUCUGAAACAGACAAUUCAAAGCGCCCAAGGACAUCGGACACCGAACCACAAAAGCCAAUGGAAUUACUUGGUGCUGGAAUUGAAAAAUCUUUGGAUGCGCCUAUUCCUGGACCUGAAAUUCUCCCAGACGUGCCCAGUGCUGUGACAGCGAAUCCAUCAGAAGCUUCCAUUAUUGAGACUGAAAAGACUGCAGAUAUUCCAAUACUUACGCCUGAAAAGCAACUGGAAAGACCCAAUCUCAAUUCUGUCUCAUUUCCAUCGAAUGAGGAACUGGCACUGGAGUUCGAAAAGUUCAAGGCCUUGUCAGCUGCAAAGCCAUCAUCAACUUCCAAUACACACCCCGACUCUUUCCCGUCAAACGAAGAACUAGCACUAGAAUUUGAAAAGUUCAAUAGUGAAUUUUCUCGCCAGGCUGACACAAUUCAGACUGAAGUUCGUUCAGCUUCUAUGGAGCAGUCACAACCAAAACGAUGGAAUGUAUCAUUAGAAACACAUCCGUCACACGCAACUAUGAGAAAUUCUCUGCCACCAGCACCGAAUCUCAACUCUCAUAUUUCACCGUACCGAGAGCAGUCUGAAUAUGAGCAAGUUGCUGGUCGCCAUUAUCAACAAUCAUACCGCGGCAACGUACCAGCUAUAUUUACACCAUCUCCAGCUGAUAGGUACAAAUGUUUGUAUCAAGACGGUCGACAGGCUACACCUACGUUCCCAGCCCUGAACUCUUGGCUGACUAGAAAUCCGGCUCAUAUUCAUACCCCGGAUCAUCAAAGUCCUAUACAACAAAGCCCAGACCGUCAAGACCCAAUGCAAGAUUCAUGGCCUGCAGGAUUUUUACCACCAUCACCUCCUAAGCCGCCUCAUGCAAGAUCCAAGAUUCAAUGGCCGGCAGGUUUCUUAGCUCCGGAUACUCUAUCAUCGGAAGCCUCUCCGUUUAUUCCAAUGAGCGUAGACUCAAUCCAGCAAUCAAGUCCUGCUUCUGUCUCUCAUAGCUUAAAUCCAUCUACAUCGUCUCAUACAUCGCAAGAAAAUCUUGCCAACGGUCUAGCUCCAUAUAGUAGUCCCAGGUCAACAAAUCACCCCCAUGUAUUUCAACCUGGGUCUGUUUCGCCCGUUCCAUAUAAUUCAUCUCCAUAUUCUACAACUACCUUUUCUGCAAAGAUUCAACAACCACAGAGACUUGUGGGAAGAAAAGACAGUUUGGGACCAGUGCAAGUAUCUUCGCCUCUCAGCGAGCAAUUCGGUCCAAUAGACUCUUCGUUAUCUAAACAACAUGCGAUAAUUACCGAAAGCCAUGCACAUCCAGCCCGACCAGAAAUUGAGAGAAAGGCUCAGACUCAGUCCCCAACACUUUUACCACACUCUUCUCCCUCUACCAACAGUCAUGCACACCCAUAUAGACCCGAGAUUGAACAGCAGGCUCAAGGUCAGACAAUAUCUCAAACACAAGUAGAAGCCUCUUCUUCCUCUGUUCAAGAUCCUGCAUUAAUGCAGUCUCUGGAGGUGUCUCAACCUGAUCAUGCAUCUUAUCAAAAUCAGUCUUCCGAAACUGUAGAACCUCAGUCCAAGCUCACUUCGGUGGAGCCCAUUCCAGUUCAAUCCCACAGAUCACCGUCUAUCCAGCCCGGUUCCGAAUCAGCUCCAGAAUUGAAGCAACAGAAGAAAUUGAUACCUGACAUUAAAAAGAUACCAAGCCCCCAGAUCUCAGCGGGGGUGAGUUCAAUAUUGCCAGAAUCCUCAACAUCUAUCGCCGAGCCAGUUGGAACAGUACCACCAGCAGCUAACCCCGAUGAUCUUGAAGGAUUCGAAAAGGCCGAUGCUAUUCCAUUUGAAUCAAUCUUUGCUCGCAUGUCUUCGAUCUACAAUUCUGUGAUGGGGAAUUUAAUCUUAUCUUCUGAUAAAACAACACUAAAAUUCUGGCCAAUGGCUGAAAGCAUAAUUGAGCCUACUUGGACAAUGCAAGUUUUUAAAAUGGCCGAAAACCCAAUCGUGUCUAUGCCGGGUUCGAAUCCGAUGGAGUUACGCCUGAAAGAGAAGAUGGAUGACGAUUCAAUUACUGCUCAUCGAUUUUUGAUUGCUCGCACCAAAGAAGCUCACAAGUCUGCAAAUGAAAUGAGAGCAAAUUUGGUUACUGCUCGAAUUUUUGUGCAAAUGGCCAAUCCCCAGAUAAUUCAGGCAGAAGAUCCAGAAUUGAUCGCUCUCAAGCCCUGGAAAUGUGAAAAAUGUGGCUCUAGGUUCAAGAAUAAAGAAGGUAUCAAGUAUCAUCUUUCUAAAUCACAAACAACAUGCAAUCCAAAUUGGAAGGCUCCGUCUACCAAGCCACGCCAACAUGGAAAACCACAAAAGGAGACGCCGAAAAAGGCGAAAGUGACAGAGGCAAAAAGUAAAUCUGUGACUUCUCCAGAGAAAGAAGUUCAACCCGAACCGUCAGAUCAAUCCGAGUCUGAGUCUGAACACGGCGACUCAGAUGACUCCGUUUUUGAAUGGGCUGCUAAAGUUGCCGGGUUGAAAAAAUCUCCAGACAAAAGUAGAGGAGAUCGAGGGGAUCCGGUCAUUGGUAGAAAUGGAAAAGUCUACAAAUCUUUGGGAGGGGAACGACCAGCACUUUUGGAAAUUGCUGACAUUGUCAAGCAGAAACCAUCGCUCGUUGAAGAACUUGGCAAAAUCCCGUCAUUACCUCAAACCCCAGAACAUUUGCUUCCAAAAUCAGUAUCACCAUUGUCGAAAGAGAAGGUUGUUAAAGAUAUCAUUCUUUGUCUUCUUCGGGCUAAUAACAAUGCUUUACCGGGAGAGCGUGGCCUUUGGUUUGCAUUUGUUGCAUGUUGGCUCAAGUAUUAUCAUAAUUCUAGGGUGCUUCCAGAACACAAGUUGUUUGUCAGAGCUCUUGAUGAGUUACUUGAGGAUGGAGCACUUUCAAAGAUCACAUUUGACUUUGCAGGUGCUAGGAGUAGAACUAUAACUAGGAGCAUUUUAUUUGAUCCAAAAGCGGCUACCCCAUCCUCAGCUGAUAUUACCAAAAUGCAAGAUGAUACAAAAGCAAAGCAUCCUGAAUUUUACAUUCCAGUUGGGUUUUCUCCUCCAGGUGUCAUUUUGGAGAUUUUGAAUUCUAUUGGAAAGCUUCCUCCUUUGGCACCGAAGGUUAUAGAAACGCAACUCAAUGAUGUACUGGGAUCCGAUGGGGAGCUAGGUAGGGGCGAUUCUUCAGAUGACGAGUUCAAACCUGAGGCUCACGCAUUGGAAGCCGAGGAUGACCUUGAAGACGAUCCAAUGGACCUCGAUGUAGAUUCAGAUGGCGCUGGAAGCGAGUUUUCACCCUUUCCUGGAUCUACCCCCACGCGAGAGUCGCAAUUUCAUCCAUUGUACCAACAGGUUCCGGCAAAUAUCAAUGGUAGUCAAUCAAUAAAACCUCGUAUGAGACGUCCUGCUCACACUUUCAAUCUCGAGGAACUAGAAAGAAGAAAGGGUACAACUGCUUCACAGGAACAUACGUGGUCAUCAAAAUCAACAAUGCUACAAAACUCGGCGAAUAGCGCAUGGAAUACACCUGCCAAACCAAAGAGAACUUACAAGAUAAGAGAGCGUCUUCCGGAGCCAACUACAUUCAUACAAGGUGAUUCUGGUUCUUGGUCUGUGAGACCGUUUGGACAUGGUGUAAAUCCCAUAUUUACUAGACCAAAUAAGAUUACUGUUGGAAACCCUCAAGGCGAACAUUAUCUUCAGCAGCGGGAAGAUAGUCAUCGACCAGUUAUUCAUACUAACAAACCAAUCAUGCGUCCUUCCGUUCCAUCAAAGUUCUUUCUCAACAAGAAUAUUCGGGGAGAUCUUGUUGACCGACCAGAUGGUCAAGUAGAGAUUUCGAAGACUAAUGGACAGCCAAAAAGAAAUUAUACAUAUCACACCAGAUCACAAAAGAAUCCUGAUAUAUCAAGACAUACUGGUCUUGCAAAGCGAGCUUACAGAUCAUUAACCCCAGAUCCCAUGGACUUGACGGAAGCUAGUAUUAAUGGCUUGACUGAACUCGAUAUUUUGAAUCACUACGAGGCUAAACCACUAGAAAAGGAAAUUGGUCGCCAGAACAAUCCUGGUCUGGAUUCCAUACCAUCUACCCCUGCGACACCAGGUUUAUCCCAUUUAUUUUUCGACGAAUCUGCUGGACUGUGGAAUCUUGCUCAUCCAUUUGUAGCUUGCACCGAUGCCGAAAAGCUGAAGAUGCAAUGGCUUGAUCGUACUGCUUUUACAAUGGAAACUAUACCAUACUCAGCUCUCGAAGACAAUGAUGAUCUACCACCAGAGCAAAACACCAUUGUUGGGGCCAAACGAAAGAGACAACAGAAAAAGGAGCCACAUGUAGGAGUACGUAAAGGCCUGAAAAACAAAUGGGUAAUGCCUAGACGUCUCACAUCUGCGCCAGAUGAUCUUCUUGGUGUUCACAGAGAUGUUCGAUACGCCGCAGAAUUACUCGGUACUCAAAUGGUCAAUUAUGAUAUGAAUAUUCGCAGAAAGAGACAAAGAUUCAAGGAGCAAGGUUUAGCUGUUGAUGAAGAAGCGAGGUUGACCAUGGGUAUUGUUAUCAUUCGAGCAAUGCUUGGAGGAUUAGAAAUGAACAUUGAUUGGGUUAUUCUUGGAACGGUCUUUAAAGAUUAUUCCUUGAAUUUCCUGAGGAAAUGGUGGCAGGUUGUUUGGGCUAAGAAAAAGCCAAUGGUCGAUAAAUUGACAAAAGAUUUCCAAGAAGCUUUCAUCAAGGGAUAUCGAAAAGGUCAAGUCCAAUCAAUCGAUUAUGAUCAUAUUGUCGACUAUGAUUUCAACGCUUUAAUCGAUUGGGCCAUGUCAAAAAUCAAUACUCCCACACAAGAAGAAAAAGUCUUUGACCUUCCAAGCUCAUUCCCAGAACUUAAGAAAAAAUAUGCACUAGUCCCCGAAACUCGAAGUAAUUACUGGUCCGAACAGUAUUAUUACACCCUUGCUGCCGUUUAUCAAAGAAUGAAUCUUGUCAAUUCUGUACCUUUUUCAAACCCGUUGAAACCAGAUGCUCUCAAUUAUGAGAUAACCGACUACGCACUUGCAAAAUCUUGGUGCAGGGCCGCAGCUGUUACACCAGAUCAUUUAUGGGAUAGCAAAGCAGCAAACAAGUUGCUCAAUCGUCUUCCAAGCGCUAUCAUCAUUGAAGCUAGAGAGGAUUUGUUGAAGAACAAGAUAAUCACCAAAAAUAAACGCCUUCGUACUAAUGGUCGAGUUUACAAUCUUCCAGAUGCUUUCAACGCCGUUUUCGUUCGUACGGGAAAGAUCAUCUUCGAGAAACAAUACCGAGAAGCUUAUUUAUUCAAGUGUGACUUGGAUCAAAAGUUUCGAAAUGGGGAGUCUAUUGUGAACAUACCUUGGGGUGUGAAUGAAGGUGCCGUGUUGGCUAUUACGAAUCUACAAGCUAAUGGGUGUAUUCACAUUCAAAAAAGUAACAUUAGAGCGAACAAAUUUGGUCUCACCGAAGGCGGGUACGAAACAAGACUUAUCGACAAAGCGAAAUAUCGUUUUCAAAUGGAUAUCGCGCCCACUUCAAGUUAUGUUUACAAUCACGCAAUACCUAACCUUGACGCCAUGAUUUCGGAACCUCCAUUUGUUGGGGCAAGAGGUGCGCUUCCGGUUUGGAGAAGUAUAACGGGAGAAGUAAUUGAGGGAAUGUGGAGAAAAGUGCUCCUAGGAGUUACCGGUGCAUUCGUUCUACGAAGUAGUAUUGACAUUGAGGGAUUGGAAAGGGUGUUCGCACCGAGUCUCGACGCAUGGGAAAUCAAACAAUUGAUUGAUUGGGGAGUUGAAAAGGGUGUUUGGCAAAAAUGUGAUUAUGAAGGGUUGGGCGUAACUGCUAGAGAGGCACAAGAUAUGGAAGGUUGGGAGGUAGGUGAUUGGUGGUGGAUGAUUGUGGGAAAAUAUUUGGUGGAGAGUGAUCAAUGA